CGCAUGCAGCAUGGAACCACAUCUCUCUACACUGCUGGGACUAUUCAUACUUCAUGUACAGCUUCACUCAGUGUCUGUAGCUGGGCUGCUUGUGCUGGAGGGAGGAUCAGUCACUCUGAAUGUGACAGGACAUGAAGACAAAAAGAACUUAAAAAAAAUGUCAUGGAAUUUCAAUGAUCAAGAUAUUGUGGAGUACAUCCAUAAAACCGGUUAUGUGCUUUAUGAGAGGGAUGAUGAAGCCAGAAUGUUGUUUGAUAAGAACACCUUCUCCCUGCGGCUGAAGAAUCUGCAGAAGACGGACUCUGGACACUACAAAGCAGAGAGGAGUACAUAUGGACAACUAAAAGAGACUGUAUCUGAGUACACCAUUUAUGUCCUGGAGCCUGCAGCAGCCCCCACUCUGACUGUGGUGUCUAAGUGGUCCAGCAGUGACUCCUGUAGUGUGACUCUAAACUGCACAGGACUCAACGUGUCUCUGAUCUCCAGCUGUAACGGCAUCGUCUGCUCUCAGGAGGAAGGAGUCACAUCCCUCUCCAUCUCUCUCAACCACAACGCUGUCUCCUGUAACCAUAGCAACCCUGUUAGCUGGAGCCAGGCCACCAUGGACCUUAAACCACUCUGCCCACUGUACAGAGGAGGAGACCAGAUUGAUAUCAAUAGAGGGACGACUGAAAAAAAAACAAUUGGAGUUAUUUUAGGAAUUAUCGGAGGUGUAGUUGUAAUAAUCAGUAUUGUAGUUGGAAUUGUUUGUUGGAAGCGGAAGAUAAGAGACCACAACAUCCCGAGUGAUAAUCCAGAUCAGAGGCAACACUUACAAAUGUGUGAUGUUCCACAGUCAGGUGUGGUUGAAAGCCCGGGACUCACUGAUAACACCUAUGAUGAAGCAGUCAGCCAAACCAAGUAAUUUUCAAACAGGAGUCUUCAUCAAGCCCCAUGCAUAAUGAGCCAGGAUAUCAGAGCCCCAGCCACAACCAUCUAUGACACUGUCCAGCUACCAGCCCCCUCAUCACCAGCAGAAGCUCAUCAGACGCCGGCCUGUCCUGAGACUAUCUACGCUGUAGUGAAUAAGAAAGAUAACUCUGCAUAAAGCAGGGAACCUGCUAAAACGAUGAGGUGAAUUGAUCAGUCUUAGUUAUUGUGGCAGGCAGGGCUCACCACAUUACUGUUCUCUCUCUCUCUCUCUCUCUGGACAUAAUAUGUCACAUCCUCUUUGGAAUGCAACUCCUCCUAGCAAUAUGGCUGUUAUGCCUUUUUUCCAUCAGCACCUUAGAAAGGGAAGCCUUUACUAUCUCCCCUGUCUAUCGGCUUUCCACAUUGUUUAGCUUUUGAGAUCAGAUCACGAUGGCAAGUGUUAUUAUGGCAGCUAGGGAUUUGAAGUUUUAAGUAAAAGAACAUUUUAGCAAACUACCUCUUCAACAACAACGUCAAACUAAAUCUGACGGCAGACCAAUGCCAAAACUGGAGGUUCGCACUGAGAGGGUAAAAGGUUUUAGGAGUUUCUAACGAGGGACAGGUCCAUGUGUGUUGCUGUUACGAGUAUCAGUAGCCCAGGCUGCGUUGUUAGCCUACAUUGCCUUGAGAUUGCAUGUUACGUACUAAUAGUGCCUUCAUGCCGGUGUUACAUGUCAACUGUCUCCCACGAUUACACAAUGAUGUUUCUUCGACAGAUGUGGCCGCUUGCUGAUUUGUCACUUUCUGAUAUAAACUUGAGAUGAACAAAUACAAAUAUGCAUGACAUAUUUAAAUGUCAAACAUGUCCUAGCCAAUAAAGCUGAUUCUGAUUCUGAUGUCCUUGUGCACAUCAUGAGCCGAUGAACAAAUAACUAAGAAAAUAAGAGAGAACAAACACAAACACACAUGGUGUGUUAUGUUCAUGUGUUAUGUUGAACUUUGCCUUUACCACUUGUAACAUAGGCUAAAGCGCUUAUAUUUUUUAUUCUAUUUAUGUUUGCUUUAGAAAUAUUCUAGUCUUUCAACAAAACAGAACUUUAUACGUACUGUAUAUUAUUUACUCAUAUGAAAUAUUCACAUUAUUUUCUUAUAAUGUUGUUAUAAUGUUGUAUUUGUUGAUAGUCAUUUCUAUUUGGUCACAGUAUUAAAGAGAAAUAAUUAUGAUAUUUUCCUAUUGAUGUAAUACAACAGAAUGGGCCAAAGAUUUUUUACAUUGGACAUAAAUAUUCUGUUUUUUAUGUGUUUACACAAUGCUGUUUAAAUUAAGCUGAAGAUGUUGUAGUGAAAGACUGGACUUGGUGGAUAAGUGUAAAUAAAAGUGUUCUGAUUAAAUCAGGA